AUGCUGUCCAGAGCGGUGCUUUUGUCAGCUGCCAAGAAGCCAGCAGCACUUGUUCUGGCUCGCGGUGCUGCCAGCCAGCCCGAACGUCCGAAGCGGCCUGAGCAUGGUGGAAAAGUUCGUCUCGGUUUCCUACCCGAAGAGUGGUUCACCUUUUUCUACAACAAGACGGGAGUUACCGGUCCGUACGUGUUUGGUGCCGGUCUUCUGACGUACAUGUGCUCCAAGGAAAUCUACAUCAUGGAACACGAAUACUACAACGGUCUGUCGCUGGCCAUUAUGGUUGUAUACGCCGUGAAGAAGUUUGGUCCUUCCUUGGCUGGAUAUCUGGACAAGGAAGUCGACAAAAUCGAAGAUGAGUGGAAGGAAAGCCGCGAAAACAAUAUCCAGCAGCUGACUCAAGCCAUCGAAGACGAAAAGAAGGAACAGUGGCGUGCUGAAGGCCAGACCAUGUUGAUGCAGGCCAAGAAGGAGAACGUUGCCCUGCAGCUGGAAGCCGCCUAUCGCGAACGUGCGAUGAACGCGUACCAGGAGGUGAAGAAGCGCCUGGAUUACCAGGUAGAGCGCCAGAACGUGGAUCGUCGCAUCUCGCAGAAGCACAUGGUUGACUGGAUCGUAAACAACGUGGUAAAAUCGAUCACGCCCGAUCAGGAAAAGGAGAACCUAAACAAGUGCAUUGCUGACCUCGGUGCACUGGCCGCUAGAUCGAAGUAAACCAUGUU